ACGACGAAUCAAGCAUAUCAGAAACGAUGUCUGCUCCAAGGAAAGGUUUUGUGCAUCUUUAUCCCUUUUCCAGGCCACAUUCGUGAUGUCCACGGCUUAGCAUCACACUUACUCAUAGAAUUAAAUCUUUUCCUUUGCAUUAUAAUAGUUUUUAAACAUCAUUGGGCAAUGGGUGUCAAGUAAUUAACAUUUCUAGACCUCCCGCCUCACGGCUUUCGAACAUACCCCGGCCUCAACCAAUAGUCCCGCACAAAACAUCCUCCUGUUCAUCGGUGGACUCUUCGACGGUCUCAUGACCGUACCAUAUCCAUCGAAGAUCUCAGAUGCAUUACCACCCACCUGGACUCUUGCCCAAGUUCACCUCUCCUCGUCGUACACCGGCUGGGGUACUUCCUCCCUCCAGAAAGACGUAAAAGAACUCUUCAAAUGCGUCUCAUACUUUCGAGGUAUCAAGUCUGGCAAGAUUGUUCUCAUGGGUCACUCGACUGGAUGUCAGGAUGUUAUGGAGUACCUCACUGGACCCGGCCACGAAACUCGUGUCCCUGUUGACGGAAGCAUCAUCCAAGCCCCAGUAAGCGAUCGAGAGGCAAUCUGUAUGAGCAUGAAACCCGAGUUAUACAAGCAUAGCUGUGAAGCAGCCCAGAAGAUGGUCGACGCUGGAGAAGGAGACGAGAUACUGCCAUCGAAGGCUACUAACAAUACCUUUGGUAUUCCAGUCACUGCAAAACGAUGGUUGUCACUUCUCAGCCCCAACCAUGAUGGAGAUGAUGACUAUUUCAGCUCCGAUUUGAAGGAUGAACAGCUCAUGAAGUCUUUUGGAUCUUUACCGGCUGGAGUACCGUUGUGUAUUUUGGUGUCUGGGAGUGAUGAACACAUGGCACCGAGCAUCGACAAGGCGGUUCUCGUGAAGAGAUGGGUUGAAAUUGUCAAGAAGGGCAAAGGCGUGGUUGAUGAGGGAUACUCAGGUGUUGUUAAGGGUGCAACGCAUAACUUGGCUGGGGAUCAGGAGGAAGUUGUGCUGGGAUUGGUUGGGAGCGUCCUGGGAUUCUUGGCUGGAAUAUCUCCACAUUCCAAUCUGUAAUCGUUUGUGAGACGCUACAUGGAGUCUUUUGAUUCCCAGAAGCACCGUAACCUUCUCCAUCACAGAGUUGUUCCCAUCAACUUUAAUCCAUUCUGGCUAGUCACGCUUUGCGAGCCUAAUUAAGUGUUAUGGAA